AUAUGAAAUAACAACUUUCGCCCAAACUCAUGGGUAUUAAUUAGAGAUAUUCACAAAUUUUGUAUAUCUUGAAUAAUCAGUUUAAUCUCAUUACGAGCAAUUUAACAGCAGUAAUAUACACAUACAGUGAUAUAAAGUUGGUACAUAAAUGCUGAUCAAGUUAUCCAAAGAUUAUUGCUACCAAUUUUAGGAUUAAUAUAAAUAAAAAUAAAAAACGAACCAAAAUUAUUAUUUUUUCUUAUUCUUCCCGCGCAGCUCCUCUUAUAUUGGCAACGUUGUAAAUGAAGCGCGAGCAGUAGAAUUUCGGUAAUAGAGAUCAAUAAGUAUAUAAUAAUUAUGUUCGUGAAUAGUUUUGUGUAGUGUGUUUUUUUCGUAAAAAAAACGGACAAUAAUAUAUAACAAUGUCAUCUGUAACAAAAAGUGGUUCGAGUCGCAUUCCUACCUUCGGUUCACGUACUACACAACCUGAUUUAAAACCACCGGCCGCCACUGGUACUCACGGUGUCGUCGGUGAAAUAACUACCAAACAUAUAGGCAACCGCGUACGCGUUGGUGAUAAAGAAGGAAUUCUCCGAUUCGUCGGUGACGUUCAUUUUUCGAAAGGAGUGUGGUGUGGAAUCGAACUAAGUACAUCGGUCGGUAAAAACGAUGGCUUUAUUAACGGAGUUCGGUAUUUCGCUUGUCCCGAUCGCUGCGGGCUGAUGGCGCCACUUGCUAAAGUUUCGCUCAUCAAUAAUACCGAAUCUAUAGAACAUGCCUCAGGACCGUAUUCGAUGCUUUUCUUCGAUGCUCUUUCGAACAGGAGCGCCUUACCGUUAGAAAGAACAGGAAGUCAUGAGGAAUUGAUAACGAGAAAUUUUAAAAAGAGAUACAUUUUUUCAGUAGAAAAUAAAGUUUCUGAUAACUCAAACGUUACUUACAUUAAAGAAGAUUUGGAAACUAAGAAAUGUUUGUCGUUAAAACCAAUUUCAAAUAAACUGAUAGAUAAUAAUAAAAAGAGAACUACUGAUAUUAUAAAAAUAAAAGAAGAGUCAAAUGCUGAUAAUACGAAUGUUGAGGAUAAAUCUAACUAUGUUGCAAAAGAUAAAGCUUGCGAAAGUAUUUUAAAAAAUUCUAGUUUAGAAGUUAAAAGACGUAGAACAUCAACUUCUAAAAUUAAAACAAUCGAUUCCAUAAUUUUAAGGAGUCUUAACGAAAAUAUGAAUAAACCCUCAUCACUGCCACAACUUAAAUGUAUAAAUACACCGAUAAAUUUAGGUAAAUUAAACACUUCGACUCCCGAGCGCACUGAUACCGAAUCCCCUUUAAAACUACUACGAUUAAAGCAAGAUUCUAAUAACGAUGAUGAUAGUAGUAAAAGAGAUUCAUUGGAAUUUGAUGAGUCUUUAGGAAUUUUAACUCCGGAUGAAAUGUGCUCUCAAUUCUUGAAUUCUCAAACACGAUCUCCUAGUUUAGAAUACGACAAAAACGCCAAUGAUUAUUCCUCUAAUUCUAGCAAUAAAAAAAUCGAUAUCGACAGUCCGAAAGACGACAGCUUAGGAUUAAUAGACGAAAAAUUAAUAAAUUUAACAAUGAAUAAAUCAAAACUAAUUAAUUUGGACGUACCUCAAAAUAAAGAAAUUAAGGAAGAACUACAAAGUCCAAAUUUAACUGAUUAUAGUCUAGGAAUAAUAGACGAACAUAUUCUGUCCAAUCUUACAAUGAAAACAGAUACAACUGUUAACAUGGAAUUGCCUUUAGACAUUGAAAAAACUGCUUUAACGCGAAUGGAGCAAACUCCAUCUCCCGAGGAGUUACCCUUGGAUCCUACUCCCAUCGUAGAAUGUGAUCCUAAAACUGAACCCACCAAAUCCAAAGCUUCAAACAGUUUCAUUAACAGUAUAACUAGCAUCACCAGUUUGGAUACAGGUUAUCAGGGAGACGGAGAAAUGUCUCGGCCCGCUAGUAGAGGUGCUGAUAAUUCACCUCUAACUCGGCGACCUUUGCCUAGACCUCAAACUAGAAGAGCUGAUCCCAUGACAGACUCAGAUUUUUAUACGGAAAGUGAUGCCGACAACCACGAAGAAAAUCAUUUGAGGGGAGAUCGUAAAGCACAAGUUAUCGAUGGUACGUUGUACGGUGUGGAUCCUCAAGCAGCUGCUGAUAUUUAUGUUAAUAACAAAGAAAAUAUGGACUCAAGUGGAAUAUUCACAGAUAUAGAAACGAACACAAGAAACGAUGACGAUUUCGGAAAUAUUGAAGUACCGGAUAUUUCCCCUUCAGAUACUAGUUCAAAAACUAUAUCUGAAAAUAGUCAAGAUAACGUUCAACGGAUUAUUGACAAAUCUAAAGAAAAGAAAAUAGAAGAAAAACCUGUAUCAAAAAAAGAUAAUUCUAAAAAACGAAAUGCUCCGAGUCCAGGUAUUUCUAGUCCGUCUAGCUUUUCUUCACCAAGGCACGGGGCAAACGAUGACAAUACUUCUAAGAAAUACAAAAUGCCGAAAAGAGAAAUACCCUCAAAAGUAAGAGCUCUAAUCGAACCAUCAAACGAUCAAACAACCGAAAAGAAGAUUAAAAAACCCGCGGGGAGAUGGGAUGCAGUUAUGAGCAAAAUAUCAAAAAACGAACAGAAUAAAACGAACCUCAAAGAUGUUAAAUCGAAGGUUUUCAAUAGUGUAAAUAUUAAUACAGGCGUGUCCCAAAGGAAAACUAUCUCAAGAAGCCCCGGAAAUCCAAAUAGUAAAUUACAUGUAUGUUCAGCUCCAACGUCAUAUUUGGCUUUUUCAGAAAAGAUCAAAAACGUUACUCCUGCUGUGAAAAUCUCUAGAACGCAGAAGUCAAAAUCAACGUUAAAUGAAAGGAAUGCUUUUCUCAAGAAUCCUACAAAAUCACCGCAUCUAAAUCGCAGCUCAUCUGCAGUUUAUCAUAAUGUUAAACAAAAUGUAGCUGUGAAAACGAAUACAACAAACAGUUUGUCUCCAGUCCAAUUGAAUUCGCCACGUACUCCAACGCGGAAUAAUUUGACUGAAAGGCGAAGGAUCCGUAACCGACCCAAUAGUGGUUCUUCUCCAAAAACAAUUGCCGGGAGUCAUUUGGAGAGUAGUAUCCAUAGUUCAUUAAGUGAUGUCAGUGCAGCGACGUUGCCUCCAACGAACAAAUCCAUUGGGUCUGUUAAGAAACGGGCAGAUGUAGUGCAAGUGACACAAGUGUUGACAACCAAUAAAGUACCGACAAGGAUACAGCAAACGACGGCUGCUGAAAAUAAGAAAAAUGCAAUUCAUCAUUCGUCUCCAACCACCAAUACAAAAGCAAGAAGAACAAUUUUUUCUCCAAAAGAGAAGAAACCGUUAACGAAUAAAGAGUGCGUCAGAGGCACAGUCAAAGGGGGUCGUACGUCACCCACCGUUCGACCCCCUGCCACGAUUAGGGUACCUCCUGUUAAACAACCCCCUGUCGCCGAAGCACUUGCCGUUCUCGUACAACAUCUCGUUUUUAACGUUCAAGCAUUCCAAGUUCCCAUAUUGAAAGGACAAGUGGAAAGAUUUCAUAAAGAAACCGAAGAACUCAAACUAGCAUGUCAACAAUUAGAAGACGCUUUAACGAAAGAAAAAAUUCAACAUACCCUAGCGAUAGAAGUCAUUGAAAAACAUAGAAAUGAGAUUUCAGAACUAAACCAACGCCACGCUGGAUUAGAACAACGUAUUUUAAAAGAAAACGAAAAUGCUCUUCAAGCUUUAUGUAAACAGCAAGAAGAACAACUUGCUACUGUUAAGAAAGAAUUUGAAAAAUUGCAAAGAACACAUGAGGAAUCUCUAGACAUUCUACGAGAAGAAAAUGAUUCUAUAAGAGAACAAAUCGACGAAAAAAGGAUGGAAGUAGAAAAAGUUAAAUAUGAAAGUAAGAAAUUGAAAGAUGACUACGAAACCAAAGAAAUUUUACUUAAAGAGCACAAUUACAAAUUGAAGCUGCAGCUGACUAAACUCGAAGGAGAAUUCGAACAAAAACUGAAAAGUUUAUCGGAAGAAAAUAAAAGAUUAAGAGAAGAAAAUGACAGAUUAUUGAGCUACGGAGAUGACAAAGGAAUUAGUAUACAGGAAGUACAAUCACUGAGGGCGGUUCUUGAAUUAAAACAAAACGAAGUAGCCGAACUAAGAAAAUCUUUAGCUGAAACGAAUCAAAGGGCAGAAAUGCUUAUAGGUGCUGAAGAAAAAGCGAGGGUACUAAAUGCUAGAUGUGAAGAUCUUCAGCUACAACUUGAAAGGAAAGCUGAUACUGAAAAAUCGCUUAUUCAAGAAAAUCAUAAGCUACAAGAGAGCUUCAAAGAAGAAACAAUUCAAAAAAGACGACUGUCUCAGUACAACGAAGAACUACAAUGGAAAUUGAAACAAAACAAGGAAGUUAUUAAUAAAGUCCUAGAACGAGCUGAAGAGACUGUUUUCAAUCGUUCUAUGAUGAGCUCUAGUUUCAAUGAAAGGCACAACUCGACCCGUUUGAGCUUAGAACGGGCUAUGUCUUUUAGAGAACGCACUUAUACAAAUAGAUCGAAUAAUGGCGAAGAAUUUCGUGGAAGAAAAUCCUUUAACGUUGAAUUCGAAACUGACGAUUUGUCUCCACCAGCUUCUCCAAAAGUUAAGGCAAUCGUUGAGAAAUCGGAUUCCGUUAGUUACGUACUGGAAAUGGAUGAAAGUCCGGAGGUUGUGGCUAGUAGAAUCGUUAGAAGGAGUUUCAGAAAUACGACACCUUCGAAAAAUACUCCUACAAAGUCACCAUCCAAUAAAAGACCUCGAAUUCGUAAUCCUCUUAACCAGAGCUCUUCUUCUAGCGCCAUUUUAACUACAAAUAAGAAUGAACUGGAUAGACCAUGUUCAGCAAAUUCCAGAAACGGCGAUUCCGAUAACGAUAUAUUUAUGUGGUCAACGAACGUCAAAUACGAUGAACACCAAGACGAAAGCUACGAAUUGUCAAAUUCCUGCAUGAAACUCGAAGAUCACGAUCAUCUCGAUUUAGAUGAAUAUAAUGACGAUGAUUUAAGACUUCCUGCAUUGCCAAGUGAACUAGACCGACGAAGCAGCGUUCAAGCGCUCCCAAGUCCGAAGCAUUUGGCAGGCGAAGCCAUGAUUUCAGAAAGUAAUUCUGAGGAUGAGAGUACUAGUUCUUCUCAAUUGUGAGACGAACAUUCUUUUUAAUUUGUUUAUUUCUUAGUUUUUAUACUUUUUUUGAAAAAAUUGCGUAAAUUUAGUAUAUUUGUAUACAUAAAAACUUUUAUUUGAUAACCAAUAUUUUUUUAUUGAUGUCUUGCUAUAUUUGUUUUAAUAUUUUUAAUUAUAUGAUAAGUGGUGAUAUUAAUAUGAAACUGGAUCAGAGCGUCAAAUGAAAUCAUGUGACACAAUUUUGAUUGGCGCAUCCUCUUAAAUUGAUCCAGCAUCAAAACUAAACAUUGUGUGGCUCUCUUAAUUAUCUGACGUUAACUUCUAAAAUGGAAUACUCAAUUUUAGAAAACGCGUUUAUUAAUAUUUAAUAGCUAAGAAUAUAUAUUUAACACAUGGGGAAUGAACGCGAACUUGACACUGGUUCGUUAGUAAACAUAACCUUAAAAGUGCAUUUAUAUAAAGAGAUCUGAACGGUAAUCAACAAUAUUGAAUUAUUUAUAAUUAUAUACUUCAAUGUAUGAAAUGUGUUCAGAAAUAUAUACACGGCGUUGGUGGGUGAAACCCCUCAAUUUAAAUAUCUUCAGGCUUUUUACUACAACAUAUUUUAGAUUGAACUAAAUAGAUCAAGACGAAUUUCUUGAUCAUAGAUGAAUAUGAUCAACUUUUGAACUUAUUGAGCAGAGAUUUAACAAAACAUUCAAUAAAAAAUUCCGAUUGUCGAUUGGAUCGGGAAGUUAAUCACCAGUUAUGUCAAUAGGUAAAAUGAUUUACUAUACCCUAUAUAGAAUUUUAGUUUCCUUGUAUCCAGCGAUGUCAUUUUUAGGGUAUUUACAACUACAACCUUUACUUGAAAAGUAGGGUUAUGUUUUUGACGUUCAGCGCGUAAAAAGUAUAAAGCUAGUUAACUACAUCAACACGUUGAACUGUCUUUGACAUUUAUGAACGUCUAGAAUACAUUAGUUCUGUGUACCGCUUUAUAUUUAUAGGUUAACAGUUUAUUAAUAGAAGUGUGUUUUAGUAUUCCAGCGUUUUGAAACUUGACGCUUUUAUAUUUGACGCAGCAUUAAUUUAAGACGGCGCUCUAGUCGAUAUUGUGCCAUUUGACGCUCUAAUCUAGCGUCGUGAGUCAACAUGAAAUUGUACCUAUAAUGUAAUUUCAUUGAUUUUUAUCUAAAAAUUUUUGACUGACGUAUUUGAUUAAGUUUAAUUUUGAACACUUUGAACAACAGUUGAAUUGAUUAUCAUAUGUUCAAUAGAUUUUAUAGGCACACUAGGUGUGCAAUCCACUAAGCACUCCCGACGUGAUCUUUCCCGUUCCACUUAUAAUCGUAAAUCCAAGUGGAAUGGAUUACGAGGCGUUCUGAGCGUUGAUAUAAACAUUGAGGAAUGGCAAAACAAAAUAAAUAAAGCGUAAGCUGUAAGAGGUUAUGUUAUAAUUUGUAAGUCAUUGAAUUUUUUAGUGGAUUGCUGAUUUACAUUAAAGUAAAAUCAAAUAAUCUACGACGAUAGUAAAGUAUUUGGGGUUGUGUCACAAAAAUGCUUCAAAACUAUUUAUAAUAUACCUUUCCGCAUCAAAUAAUGGGAUAGAUUUCGCAUGAUUGCAAUCUGCGUUGUUUGAUUUUUGAAAAUUCCGCGAAUUCUUUUAACACUCACUUCGACCCACCUUUUGACAAGGGUCGUCGUGAACGUAAGUCAUGACUUACACAUGAGUGACGUUCUCGCCGCGACCACAAUGUCGUAGUCGCUAUGUGGAACGUUCAAAAGAAUAUUUCUGGCACCGUGAACGCUUAGUGGAAUGCACUUAAAAAAUAAAAUAGGGGAACUGUUAUUAUCCUAUCAGUUCUAAAAUAUUACGAACCUAUAUCCUAAUUGCUUCAUCGUUGAAGCUUCAAUUUGUGAUUGUGUUCUUUCAGUAGAAUAAGUUCCAAUAUUCUAUCUGGAAAAUUGCGAUAAUGGAACUCAAUACUGAAAUUUUUCUGGAUAAAGCUCGAAAUUUAUGAUUAUUUGCCACAAGUCUUGAUGAGAUAUUUCUAGGUUAUAUUGUAUGUUUUGAUUUCAAACGUACUAACGAGUGUCUACUGGUCGACCCUGUGUUCAUUCGUAGCGGCGACCGCGUUAACGAAAGAAGAGGUUUAACGGCUGAUACAUAUAUCGAGGAAAUUUUAGCAAUUCAUUGAGAUGAAUUUACUUUCAUGCAUGACAAUGCAUCCCUGACCUAAAUCUGAUAAAACUCGACCCCAGAGCUUAUUGUUGCAGAAGAAGAAGAGUGGCUUAAUAUUCCACAAGAAACAACAGCCAACUUGAUUAGAUUUAUGCCUAAUCGUAUCAGAGGUGUUAUUAGGGCAAGAGGAGGUCAUACCUAUUAUUAAGAAAUUCAGUGUCAAGUUUUAAAUUGUCAAUAACCAUAUUUAUGACAAUAAUAAAAAAACCCAAUUCGCUUAAUGCAUUCAUUUCACUAUAUUAAAUAUAGGAAUAAGUUAUAAUAAUAAUAAGAUGUUUCUAUUUAUUUUUUUCCUAUUCUCUUUAUCACUCCUUCUUCCCUUAAUAUGGAUCUUUUCACCAAACUAUCUUCGUCCAUUCUGACAACAUACCCCAUCGCAGCUUGACAAUACAUUCCUUCUUCUUCUCCACUCGUUUUGCUCCUGCAUUCCUUCGAAAAUCCUUUUUAGUAGCUCUUUCUCCCAUAUAUGUGUAUUUUGUUUUCUUCCUUCUUUGUUCAUGAUUCCAGACUCUCUGUCAUACAGAACCGUUGAUUGUAAAUGUGUAACAGAAUGAAAAUUUCAUUUUUGUAAAACUCUCCCACUUGUUAAGCCAAGUAUUUAUUUCUCAUGAUUCUAGCUAGGACUUUGUAUACGACAUCCAAAAAAAUUAUUUCUCUAUAAAUCACGCAGUCUGUCAUUUUAUAUUAUUCAUACCAUUGGUUUGGCAUCUGGGUUUUUUCCCAUAUUUUUUAAUAAAAUUGUAUAUCGUUCCCUUAAGGGUUGAUCACGAUAUUGGAAUCCCAUUCCUACCGGUACUUUUGUCAUUCUUCAUAUUAUUUAUUAUUUCUUCUACUGCUACUUUCGUUUUAUAAAUAUUUAACAAUUCUUCAGCCAAAGAUUUUAUGUCACAUCCGAUGUGGUGAGUUUUUAUACCUAUUGUACUGCUAUGAAUUAUAUCACCAACACGACGCACAUAAUUUAAUGGGAUAUGAAAAUUAUUUUAUCAAUGCAUCUAAAUGCUCUUGAUUUUAAGUCUAUUCUGUUUUAAAAUUAAAAUCAAGAACAUUUAUAUGCAUUAAUAUAUCAAAAGGUUUAAGAAAUAAGAAAUUAAAAAAAAUUAUUUUAUCUUGAUAACUUCAAAAGUUAUUCUGCUUGAAAACAACUUAAUUGUCAAGUAUUUUGUAUUCACUACAUAUUGCAUUUCAUUCGCCAUGUAUUCGAUUAAUGAUCUACUUGUCACCAUAUUAUGGAUAAUAAUAAAUUCAGUCGCCCCUACUGUUAUAUUUGGAAUUCCAUAUAUCUCACACUCUUAAUUGUUUUUAAUUGAUCAAAAGAAUUAAUUAUCGAUUAUUUACGAGAUUAUAAUUUCAAUAAGAGAAAAAUAAUUUAUUAGUCUUGUUUUAAAGACACAACAUAAUGUACGUUGAUGGUCGAGUUUUUAUAUGAUACAAAAAUGAAACAACAAGCAUGGUUUUCAUUUGUGCUGGUUACUCGUCUAAAUGACAAGUUGUAUUAAAUUGAAAUAUUGUAAAUAAUUCAUAAUACCUUAAGAAACUUUUGUUUCGUUUUGUAUAUUUUAUUCCUUAUAGUCUUAGUAAACUUUUAUUUUGAUUAUAUGGAUGAACACAGUGUGGAACAUAACCUCUAAAAACGGUAUGAUAAUGUUAAUACUUUGUAUAUUUCAUAAAAAAAACUAGCAUAUAGAUUUAAAAUGAAUAAAUCCCAUAGAAAACACUGAUUUUAUACUAAUUACUACAUUUGUUAUUAGUUACAUGUUAAUCAUUCGUGAACUAAUGUACAUAUAGGUAUUAUAUGAAUUUUGUAGAGACCCUAUAAAUACGAAUGAAUGAGGAAAUAAAGAAGAAUAUUCAAAUUUGAUAAUAAUGAAUGAAUGAGAUGUUUGAGAUCCAAACAACCAUUGUAAUAUUAAUUAAAGGAUGUGUGCUACAAAAUAUUAUAGGAAUAAUUAUUAAUCACGAAAAUUGUGACUGUUCGAUAGACCCUGUUCAUUUAAUUAAAAUAACAUUUGAGGGAUGAAAAUUCGAAUGUAAGUAAUUUUGAUGUUUAUUUUCUCACUUGCCAAAUUUUUUGUUUUCGUCCGGGGUCUAAACGAAUCUAAUCAUUACGCUACAAUUUUAUUUUAUAGAAUAUUGAAAAAUUGUAAUAAAUGCUCUGAACAAUUUCUUUCGCAAAAAAUUGGGUUCAAAAUAGGACAAAAUGGCUGGGUAUAAUUAGUUGUAUUAUAAAUUCAAAAUUUUGAUUCAGUUAAUAAGAAUGGGUUAUUAAUAAAGUGGAAGUGUUGUUUUUGAAGUAAUAUAAAAGAGACUUACCUGUUUCUUACAAUUUUAAUAUUUAAAGUUCAUGUUUAAUAUAGUUAUCAAUGGUUGAUUAGAAAAUAGAAGUAUGUCUAAUUGUCACUAAUGACAUUAAAGAGACGGUACCAGGUCAUGGUAUAAACGUUGAUGUAUACUUCUAUUUAGAUUUUACAUAACCUCAUAGGAAAAAGUCCAUAGGAGUUAAAUCGAGAUUUUGUGGAGGCAAAUUUACGUCUCUUCUCCUGUAGAUCAAUUUUUCAGAAAUCUAUUGGACGCGUUUGAUUCUAUUUGAACCAUAUAAAAGAUCCUCUACGUUUUCGACUAUUCUAGAAGAGCUUUGAUCAGUCAAACGCCUUGUGCACAAUUUAAGUGAUGAACUUUGCAGAAUUUUAUAUGCGCUACUGUCUCCGAACUACCAUUUUUGUAAUCUGCUUUUUAACGAUUACAUUUCCAAGAGCGGGGCUACUAAUUGAAAUACCUGUUGACGUAACUGCAAUCACGCAGUAAGCAAUACAUAGCUGAACUUUAUAUUGAGACACCGUGUAUUACCAACAUUAUUUCUAUCUAUAUAAUCUUUCACACUUAUGCAAGUGUCCGUUUUAUAUGAACGAAAAAGCCUCUUUGGUUUAACAAAUAGAAAUGAGGAAGGGAUGAAUAAAAAUCGUGAAAGUAUAUGUGUGAGUUUGUAUUCGUAUUAGUUGAAACCACGAAUAAAGUGUAUUGUACUUUUCUAUUAUUCUAUAAAAUAAAACGUUAGUAUGAAGUUUGUCAUAAUGAGAAAAAGUGAUUCGAUAAAACAAAAAUCUGUAUAAUAUUAUGUGCUAGGCUAUUUUUUCAGUAGGACUGUAAAUACGGUAGCGUUUUUAUUAAUAUAUGUUUUGUUCUUAACGGAGCCAUUUAUUUUUUCUAUUUCUAAUUUUUGUAGGUUGUGAUUCUUAACAUAUAAAAUAUUCCCCUUAUUCCAGUAUUAAAAAUAAAUGUGUUGGACUAGGUUUAGUACUAUAUAUUUAAUGGGAACUAUUUGCUUUUGUGACUAACUUUAUACAAGUUUUAAAAUCACAUAGACUAUAUCUUCUAUAACAGAAGUUAAUAAUGCCAUUUAUGCGAUCCAUUCCAAAUAUUUUCAUAAUUUUGAAAAGUGUUUAAUUUCUUAAUAAAAAUAAAAAUCAUACACGCGUUUAAGAAAGUUAUAAAAUGUAAUAAGAAAUAGAGUGUAGUAUUGAGACACAAAAAUAAUUAGUUCCGAUCCUUUCUAUAGCUAUUUCUUUUUAUCCCCUUUAAACGAUGUUUGUUUUAUUUCUUGUUACUUCUGGGUGAAUCAUCGCGUUAUUUAUUCAUGGUUUAAUGAUGUAUGUAAUAUUUAAAAUGUUAGGACCAAAAAUAGAUUUCCACAUUUCAUAUUUAUUGUAUAAAGAGUUGCAGAUGUUUCAAUUAUAAUGAAGUUAAAUAUUGGUAAAAUAAAUUGAAAAAAUAAUUGA